AUGUCUGGAAAUCAGUAUACAUAUGAUUGCGCCACACCCAGAACAAGAUUGGAAAGGCUUUUGAGGGAAAGAGAGCUAAGGAGAUCUAACAGGUCUCAGCAUUCCAAUGAAAAGGUAAGAGAUGGUAACAGGGAGGUGGAUAUCUUUGAGAAUGGGAAUGACUUGUAUAUAGUUGGUGAUGAUUGGUCUCGAGAGGAAGAGUCCGUGGAAGCGAUUGCAGCAGCAAGGGCUCUUACUUAUGGAUAUGAGAGGCAAGAAGGGCAGUCUUCCAAACAACGAUUAUUGGUGGUGGCCAACCGUCUACCUGUAUCUGCAUUUAGGAAGGGCGAGGACUCUUGGACACUAGAAGUAAGUGUAGGUGGCCUUGUCAGUGCACUUUUGGGUGUGAAUGAGUUUGAAGCCAGAUGGAUUGGGUGGGCUGGUGUAAAUGUACCAGAUGAAAUUGGACAGAAAUCACUUACGAAAGCUCUAGCUGAAAAGAGGUGCAUUCCAGUUUUUCUGGAUGAAGAGAUUGUUCAUCAAUAUUACAAUGGCUAUUGUAACAACAUCUUAUGGCCUCUUUUCCAUUAUCUUGGGCUUCCGCAAGAAGAUCGCCUUGCUACCACUCGCAGUUUUCAGUCUCAGUUUGCUGCAUACAAGAAGGCCAACCAAAUGUUUGCUGAUGUGGUUAAUGAGCACUAUGAAAUGGGCGAUGUCAUUUGGUGCCAUGAUUACCAUCUGAUGUUUCUUCCAAAAUGCCUUAAAGAAUAUAAUGAUAAAAUGAAAGUUGGUUGGUUUCUCCAUACACCGUUCCCUUCCUCGGAAAUUCACAGGACACUGCCCUCUCGAUCUGAGCUACUAAGAUCUGUUCUUGCUGCUGACCUAGUUGGCUUCCAUACUUAUGAUUAUGCAAGGCAUUUUGUUAGUGCCUGUACUCGUAUUCUUGGCCUUGAGGGGACACCUGAAGGUGUGGAGGAUCAAGGAAAGCUGACUCGUGUGGCUGCGUUUCCAAUUGGGAUAGAUUCUGAUCGGUUCAUUCGAGCUCUUGAACUCCCCCAAGUCAAGAAUCACAUUAAAGAAUUGAAAGAAAGAUUUUCUGGUCGAAAGGUAAUGUUAGGAGUUGAUCGUCUUGAUAUGAUUAAGGGAAUUCCCCAAAAGAUUUUAGCAUUUGAAAAAUUUCUUGAAGAAAAUCCAGAAUGGCGUGAUAAAGUAGUUUUGCUGCAAAUUGCUGUGCCAACAAGAACAGAUGUUCCUGAAUAUCAAAAGCUCACAUGCCAAGUUCAUGAAAUUGUCGGUCGCAUUAAUGGAAAAUUCGGAACUCUUUCAAGCGUUCCAAUACAUCAUUUGGACCGUUCUCUUGACUUUCACGCAUUAUGUGCACUGUACGCUGUUACUGAUGUAGCACUUGUUACAUCUUUAAGGGAUGGAAUGAAUCUUGUCAGCUACGAAUUUGUGGCCUGCCAAGCUUCCAAGAAAGGGGUCCUCAUUCUCAGUGAGGGUUCCCUCGGACUGGAAAUGUAUGCUGUUGAAUUCUUCCAGAGGGAGAGAAUCAAGUAA